AUGAAAAUUAAUGAUAAGCAAGGAUAUAAUAUAAAAAUUUUUGCGAGAGAUAUUAGACAAUGGGUUUAUAAUAUUGUAACUAAAUAUAGAACGGAUGGUAUAUUUAUUAAAAUAAAUUUCAUGGAGAAUUUAAACAUUUCUUCAAAUAAUAUACAAUUAAAUAAAUAUUGUGGCAUAUGUAUGGACAGAUUAGAUUUUUUUGGUAUUGAUUAUUCUUUAAAAUGUCUACAUGUUUUAUGUUGGUGUUGUAUACUAAGAUUACGUUAUUUAUUAAAUUUAAAAGAAUGCCCAUUUUGUAAACAUUCAGUUAAUAAGAUAUUACUUACAUCAAAUAUACAAUAUUUAAGGUAUAUUGUAAAUAAUUCAUUAGAUUUUGGAGAGAAAAAUGAAUUUUAUCCAAAAUUUGUAUUAUCAAUUAAUGAUAAAUUAUUAAAAAAACUAUCAGAAGAUGAAGUAGAUUCAAUAUUAUUUAAUGAGAAGAUUGGUAUAUAUUUUGAAUCAUUUGUAUCUCGUUGGACUAUAGAAAGAAUAAUGGAAGUUAGAUGUUGGAUUCCAAAAUGUCGUCCGAAAUAUUUACCAUUAAAUAAGAAUAAAUUAAUAAAUGAUUUAAAAUUUUUAUUAGAAAGUUCAGACAAUUUUAAAACUAUAAAAGAAUUAGGAGAUCAUAUAUUUCGAUAUCAUAAUUUAAAAUGUUGUUUUGUUUGCAUAGAAAAAAGACAUACAAUGUUAUUACCAGAGCAUAUGUUAUAUGAAAUAAAUGAUAUUAAUCGGCAUAUGAAAAAAGGUGAACCAUGGUUACAACCACCAAUAUUUCCACAUAUAUUAUGCCCUGUAUGCAGAAUUUGGUGUUUAGAUAAAGAUGAUUUUACAGAUCAUGUUAAGAAUGAACACUUUUCAUGUAAUAUUUGUGAACAAAGGAUAAUGUCAAAUUCUAAAGAUUUAAAUGAAGAUAAUAAUGAUUAUAUAUUUUCAAAGAAGAGAAUUAAAUAUGUUUAUAGUGAUUAUAAUUCUUUACAAAAUCAUUGGAGAGAUGAACAUUAUCCAUGUGAUAAUGAAGAUUGUAUGUUUAUAGUUUUUGAGAAUGAAUCAGAAUUAAUUGAUCAUAAAGCUACUUGUCAUUCAAGAAAUAGAUGGAAUAAUAUACAAAUACCAAUUUUAAUAAAUUAUACAGAUAGAAGUGAAAUACAAUAUAGAAAUAAUAAUAAUAACAACAUUCCAUUAAUGAAUUUUUCAGAUAUUGAAACUCCAGCAUUAUGUUUAUCAGAUGAAUUAUGUAAUGAGAUUAUAAAAAAACUUAGAAAUGAUCAAUCUUUUUUAUGGAGAAAUAUUUUAUUACAUGAUUUGACAAGAUGUAUAAAGAUUAUAACUGAAGAAUUAGAAAUUACAUUAGGUUUAAAAGAGAAAUGUAAUGAUUUUAGUUUUUGGAGUUUAGAAAUGAUUAAUAACUUAUUUAUUUCAAAUGAUAUUAUUAUUAAUGGAAUUAAAAAGAUUGGUAUUUUAUAUAAGGAUAAUAAGAUUUCACCUAUAUCAUUUUUAUUAGAAGUAAUUUUUCUUAUAUGGGGGAAUUUAAAUAUUACAUUACCUAAGAGAUCACUUCAAGAUUUGAAGAAGCAAUUCGGUAAUAUAGCUACUGCUCCAAAUACAAUAAGAAUAUUUUUUUCUUCUAUACCUGAUCCUAUUAAUAUAUUAGGAAUUGAUAGAAUAAAUUAUACAAAAGUUUCUUAUCAGCAGAUGGAGAAUAUUUUAGUUAAGGAGAUUAAUUGGUCAUUAUUAUAUUCUGAUAUAAAUACAAUGAUUUUAAUUUCAUUAAUAUUAGGACUUUCAGAUAUUGAACAACGUUCUAAACUAAUUAAUGGAAUAAGAAUAUUUAAAGAUGCAAUAAAAAAUCAAUCAAUUAUAAUUAUUCCAUCUAAAAAUCCGAGAUUUUCUUUAAGUAUAACUGAAGAAUUAAAACCAUAUAUAUUUAAAAAAGAUGAAGAACUUGUAUUAAAUAAUAAGAUAGUUAAAGAAAUGAAAUAUAUUUGUUUAGAAAAGUUUAUACAACCUAAUCAGAUGUUACUUACAUCAGGAACAUCUUUUUUAGUUGCAAUAUCUUCUUUUUUUGAAAUUAUUUGGCCUAAAGUACAAAUGAUUGAAGAAAUAUUUAAUUAUCUUUUGAAUAAUGAAGAUAAGGAGAAAUUGGAUAGACAAUUUUUAAUAUUAUGUAGUUCUCAAACAAUUAAUGAAUUAAAUACUUUAGCUUUAUUAUAUCAACAUACUAUUUCAAUAACAUCUUCAGCUACUGUAGCUGAGAAAAUACUUGGACUUAGGGCUCCUUAUUAUCGUUUAGCAGCUAGUUCAUCAGAUGAGAGAAAUAAUAAUAUGAAGAGUGAUUCUUUAAGUUUACGUCAAUGGUGGAACUUAUGUGUAAAAACAUUUAAUAAAGUUAAUAUUACAGAUAUUGAAGUUAUAAUGAUAUAUUGUCAAUGUUGUUUAGAAAUAUUAAAUAAUUGUAUAAAAGAUAAUCAUUCUAAAGAUAAUAUAUCUAAUGUAAAGAAUUAUAAUUCUGUAAUAAAAGUUGAUCAUAAUGAAGGACCAAAGACUGUUAUAGCAAGUAGUGAGAUUAUAUAUACACCUUUAAAGUCAAAUUCUAUAAAAUUUUCACAAUUUAACAAAGGAAAAAAUACAUGGUUUUCUAAGAAUACAUCUAGUUAUUUUAAUCAGAAUCUAAAUUUAUCAAAAACAUCCACAUCUACAAAUACAACUUCAACUCAAAUAUUAUCUAAUUCUUCAUCAUAUGCUUCGAAAGUUAAAGUAAAUAUUGAUAGAACUUUAGAAGGAUUUUCUGAAGAGAAGAAUUUUGAAUUAGAACAAUGUAAUAAUGAAUUAUUUAAUAAAGAAAAGAAAUUUCCAGUACUAUUAUCUAAUAAUAAGAAGAAUUCUAAAUCCAAGUUACUUUCAUGGAAAUGUUCUUUAUGUACAUAUGAAAAUUUACCAUCUAGAAAUAGAUGCUUAAUGUGCAAUACCAAAAAGUAG